CGCUGGUGGCGGGUAUCCUUCCUUAGGGUAACUUUGAUCUGGAGGAGGGUAGCCUUGAGGAGGAGGGUAGUUACUCAUAGUGUUGGUUAAUGUGUUAUCACUUUUCAGUGCAAAAUGUACUUCAGUUGUAAGGGAUUAAGGAAGCGAAGGAGGAUGGUGAUGUAUUUAAGGAGAUACAACCACGCUUCCUACGCGGCUACGUCUUCCUAUUAUUAUUAUUAUUAUUAUUAUUAUUAUUAUUAUUAUUAUUAUUAUAUUGGACUCUUUUCAUUUCUUAUUCUAUCUCUUGCUUUUCCUCCCACUCUUUACUUUUGAGCAAUAAUAAUGCUCCAUAUUCCCUUCCAAAACAAUAAAUAAUAAAAUACUGCUAUCUUAUUAAACUAAUACUCCGUACAAAUAUAAUAAAAUUAGUACAUUAUAUUUUUUGCUUUAUUUUUUCAUAUAUGGAGUAGUAAAUAGAAUAUACAGACUACAGGGUAAAAUACCACUUAGUAGCAUUUUCAAGGGAGUUGACAAAUUUUCUUAUUUUUAAUUAACUUUAUAUGUUUAUUUUAGAUUUUUAUUUUCUACUCCGAGCUGCUAUUUGAGAAGAAAACCACAAAGCCUAAGAUAUUAAAAUGACUUUGGAUUUACAUAGAUAUUGUUAAACUCAUGCCUUAGAGAAAGGAAAUGGAAUUGAUUAGGGUGGUACAAUAGUUGGUGAGAAAAACUGGUCUGGUUCACUAGGAGUCGUCCAAAACGGCGGAUAAUCUUGAUCAUGUGAUGGUGGUGGAGAAAGCCAUUGAUCAAAGAAUGGCGGGACCGGUAUACUACUACUACCAUCAGUAGGUGCUGGCCAUGGCCAUGUUAUUGGUGGCUGAUCAAUGCUGCCAGCAGGAGGCGCUUCCCAUGGCCAUGAUGUUGGUGGCUGGUUAAGCGACGGCGUAUUACCAGUGCCUCCAGGUGGUGUUUGCCAUGGCAAUGGUGGCCAUGGAAGCCAUGGUAUUGGGGGCUUGUCCAUAUCUCCAAAAAGUGGUGGUGGCGGCGUAGUUUCUAGUGGGGUCCAUGGAGGAAAUACAAACACCAUCGGUGAUGAUGGAACUGCAAGUGGCGUGGGUGUUGUUGAUGGUGGAAGCUCAAACAAUGGUGGAGAUGGAAUUGUUGAUGGUGGCAAUGGUAGUGGAAAUCCAAAUGUUGGUGGUGGAGAUGCUAUUGGUGAAAAUGGCAUCGGUGUCGAUGGUGCAAAUUCUAAUGCCGGUGGUGGAAAGGGGACCACCGAAGGUGUUGUUGGUGGCGUGAAUGGUGGAAGCCCAAAAAUGGGUGGGAGAAGAGAGACCAAUGGUGGAGGCGGAGAAAGUGCGACUAUUGGUGGUGCAGAUAAGAAUGAUGGAGGUGGCGGUGAAGGAACAAGGGGUGGAGGGAAAAAAACCUGUGAGGGUGGUGGUAGGAAAAGAAAAGGAGGUGGGGAAGGUAAAGGCAACGGGAAUGAUGGUGGAGGUGGUGAUGGUACAAUUGGUGGUGGAGGGAGUAUAACAGUUGGUGGUGGAGGGACAAUAACAGGUGCUGGUGGAGGGAGUAUGACAGGUGCUGGUGGAGGGAGUAUGACAGGUGCUGGUGGAGGGACUAUAACAGUUGGUGGUGGAGGGACUAUAACAGGUGGUGGUGGAGGGAGUAUAAUAGGUGGUGGUGGUAGUGGGGUGGGAGGCGGUGGUGGAGGCACAAAAGGAGGCAAGAUGAUUGGCGGAGGCGAUAAUGGUGGUGGUGGUGGUGGUGGUGAUGUAAGGAGAAAAGGGUUGUUAGGGGAAGGGGAAGUAAGAAAAGGCCACUUACCACAAAUACCAAACAAGUAGGCGUAUAAAGGGUCACAAUUCAGACUUCCUCCUCUUCUGGGACUAGGACUAAAUAAACCUUUUUAUAUACGCAUUUUCUUAUCAACCGAGGUCUUAAUUGCUCUAGUGUCGGAAACAGAAGGCUUGUGUACGUAGUGCCUGCAGCAGGUUAACGGUUCGACUUUCCUCUCCCUCGUUUGCAAUUUGUAAGUGUUUAAAUGCUUUGUUAUUAUGCUUGAUAUUUUCACUUUUACUCUAUAAAAGUUUUACAUUUAUUACUGUCUAGGAUGAGGUAAAUAUAAAUGCAUAUUAUGCAUGUCGCUGUAACAUCUCUUUCUCUCAAAGCUUGCAUGUCUCACAACUGCCGCCACAACUGCACAAGUAAACCAUAUCAUAGCAUCAUAUCCUGCAAGCAAGCAGAAAGAGAGGCUUUCGAGGAUGUGUUGUUGAACUGUUUAAUUUGAUAUAUUGAAUGCCAGCCUUUGUUUUGUGUGUCUUUGAAAUUUAAUUUACUGUUUGAAAUAAGUGAAAAUAAAUUAGUAUGUUGAUGGGAGAGUUAAUUAAAUGGUAGGAGUCCAGCACACAAAAGCAUGCAGAAGAAAAUAUAUAGACAAUAUAACGACAGCAUGGAACAUGAAUUAAAAAUUUAAAAUGCAUGUGAAAAUAAAGUAUAGAACAAAGUGCUUCACCAAAUGCAGCACAUGCAUGGCUUUAUUCAUCAUCUCCAAAGUAAUACCCCCACCUUUAAUUAACUUAUUCAUUUUACUACUAAUUUUUAAGUAGUUGAAGGAUUCAACAAAAGGUGCAUCAAUUAUCAAAAUCCAACACCAUUAGAGAACAAAAGAUGUACUCCCUCCGUAUUUAUUUAAGAGAUACACUUGGUCAGGCACGGGUAUUAAGAAAGAAGAAGAAUUGAGUGAAAUAAAAUAAUAAAGCAAGUGGGGUUGAGUAGAUAUUUUAAUAAGUAAACAAGUGGGGACCAUGUCAUUUGGGGGGGUAGGCGGGGUUGGGGUUAUGAAUUUUUUUGUUUAAUAGGAUGGUGGGUUAUAGGGUAAAUUAGAUGUAUUAUUUAAGUAGAUGGUGGAGUUGAUAAGUUACUAAAAAUGGCAAGUGUAUCUCUUAAAUAAAUGCGGCCGGAAAAAACAAGUGUAUCCCUUAAAUAAAUACGGUGGGAGUAUAAAUAAGUACAAGUAUUAGUUUGUAUUACGUAUAUUCUUGUACUUUGGUUGGUUGUUUUGUGUUAUAUUUUUCAAUUUGCUCUUAAUUGGUUUGAUUGAGUUAGUGGUAUUCUAUAAUUGGUACAGAUUAAAGACCAUUUUCUUCGCCACCACGGAAUGUUUAAAUGAAUGAUUUUUUUCAUAAUCGAUCAUGUAAAACUAAUGGGCCUGAUAUGUUUGGAUUAAGGUCAAUGCAUUUGGUAUGUUUGGAUUACGGUUAAUGCAUUUGGUAAUACAUUACCCUAGGAUAUGGUGACUGAUACCCAAAACGAGCAUAAUAAUUCCCCUGUUUCUUCCACCACACAAUCACUUCAUCAACUAGUUUAGCUUAAUCACAACUAGUUUCUCCUUUCUUCAAUUCUUUAAGUUAAUUAACGCUUGGAUUUUGUGUUACAUACUUCUAAUAAUGUAGUAAAACUCUAGCUAGGCAUUAUGCAGUGUGGUCUAACCGAUGCAACUAGUGGCAGAUCUUGAAUAAUAGCCUGGAAGCAACCCACAUCGGCUCCUCAAAGUUAAUACUAGUAUAUUGAUUUCCCUCAACGGGUGAAUUUGGGCUAAACUAAGCAUUCUAAUCGAUCUCCGAUUUAAUUACGUUGAUACAGUAUAUCACAAAAUAAAAUGUCAAGGAGAAGUAUUGACUACUCCGAUUAUUAACAAUACAAAAUGCAUAAUGUACUAUAUUGGAAUUACUCUUACUUUCUUUCCGAAUAAUUUCAGUAAAAAAAAAAAUAUAAUCCUUCAUAUUGGAAUUACUCUUAGCUUUCUUCGAAAAUCUGAAUUGGCCUGUAUAUGUAAAUUGUGUGGAAGCUGAUUAUGGUGCUUUUAGUUCUUUUCUUAGGUUGACAGGGAGUAGUAAUCUAGUAUUAUUGGUGGUUGGUGGUGGCCGGUGGUGGCCAAAAAAAAUUCAAUGGUGUUGGAGCUUGAUGGUGUGUUUAUAAUUGGCGAUGCUGGUGGCUGGUGGUGCUGAGGAAGGUGAACAAAGCUCACAGUGAUGAAGGAAUAGGUGUUGGUGUAGUCGUA